AUGCAGUUCUUCGCCUUCGCCGCCACCUUCCUCGCCAGCAUGGCCCUCGCAGCCCCGGCCGACCUCGACUCCCGACAGACAUACACACCCUGCUCGGGUCUUUACGGCACCGAGCAGUGCUGCGCGACAGACGUCCUGGGCGUCGCCGACCUUAACUGCGCCAACCCGUCCGCCGUGCCGACCUCGGCCGCCGACUUCAGCGCGGUGUGCGCGGCCAUCGGCCAGCAGGCCCGCUGCUGCGUGCUGCCCGUUCUCGGGCAGGACGUCCUGUGCCAGACCCCCGUCGGUGUCACCGCCUAA